AUGUUUGGCAGGCGCUCUGCUUCCACCUCCGCGGUUCAGUCGCGAGCGGCAUCUCUCUCAGACAAGUCAAUGGCGUAUGAUGAGCUACCGCAUCAAAGUGGCAUCUCCUUUGCUCAUCCUGGCUCGAGGAGAAUGCACAUUGACGAUGAUUCCGACGAUGACCAACCGGGAACGGGCCAGCAAUCCGCGAGACACGGUCUCAAUGCCGGCAUGCACCCCAUGUGGCAAGCGCUUCAGGAGGAAGCCGCCUCGUUGACUCCCGGCUCAGAUGCUGGUAGCGCUUCCCUGGAAUUCUUCAACCAAGCCAAUGAAGUCAAGACACUUCAAAUCUCAAAUAUGGCACGGCAUUGUACUGUCGCAGACGUCUAUAAAGCCUUUAACCGCACACGGGACACAAUGAGGAUAGAUUGGAAGACCGAGACAUCUGCUCAUCUGCAUUUUGAAAGCGCAGAUCAAGCAUUGCAAGCCUAUUUUGGCUACCUCUCAUCGAGCUAUUCUAUCGGCACUGUUGAACCACUCGAAGUCGCAAGUCAAGUGGACAAACCAAUGGACACGAAUUUGAAGGUCGCUCAAAGCAUACAGCCAGCGAUGCCGCCAGUCAAAAAGCGCUCCAGCUGGACGCCACCAGCGUCAACCAGCAAAAUGAUGACUUUAUCCAGCCUGUCCACCUGGCGCACCAAUGGAUCGGAGAAGACUCAAUCAACCAGUGAUCCAGACAUUGGCGCAGUGCCACAAGGUCUCUUUACUAGAGGCCAUCGCAGCACGAGCAGCCGCAGCUCAGUCCACUCGAAAUCAACAGAUCGCGUCCCCGCAUUAGGCAGGGAAUCUUCCACCAGUACGGCCGUGACAUUGGCUUCCGAGAGCAGUGAGGCAAGCGCACAGUCUCAAUCCACCAACGCCCAACGAAAGGCCUCCGCUCCUGCUGCUUUGCCUUCAACCACCCAACGUGUCUUUUCUGCGAGCAAUGAGGCAAACACUGAUGAUCAUGCGAAAAAGGAGUUCAGGGGUCUCUCAGCACGUCGAUUCCUGCCUUCUGGCUUCGGCUUUGGAUUCCGACACAGUUCGAAAUCAAAAGGCGAGAGUAGCUAG